AUGUGGGGGGGCGCCAAAGCCGAAGCCCUGGGAGCAGCCGAGGUUGAAGAACUUUCCGACCGGGUUGCUUUGAUCCUGCUGCUCAUUCAGGAGACCAGCUACGGGUUUCAUCGGGAGCGAUAUGUUCAUGGCAAGGACUCCAAAUGGUUUGUGUACAUGCGCUCCCUCCCUCAGUUCGACGGGGAUGUGUCGGGACCGAGCUUCUUGUGGACGGAGGACGAGCUCGAAUGGCUCCAGGGCAGUGAUGGCUACGGGGCAGCCGCAGCCAUGUACAACACCAUUGUGGACGAGUAUGUGGCGCUGAAUGAGUCGCUCUUCCAGGAACACUCGGAGAAGUUUCCUUCCAAUGUGUUCACCUUCGACCGCUUUCUCUGGGGUGCUGCGACCGUGGCUUCACGAGCCUACGGUGAUGAUGCCGAAGGAACACACCUUUGCAUCGCACCAUUGGUGGAUUUCCUGAACCACCGCGCGGGCGCCCUGCAGCUGACGCGGUUUGGCAACGGCAUCGUUGCUUACGCCCACAAGCACUACGACGUGGGUGAGCAAGUCUGGGUAAGCUACGGCGGGAAGAGCAAUGCCGAGUUGCUGUCGCAGUAUGGCUUCGUUGAUCCAGACAAUGGGCAAGAGGCGGUUUACAUCCGCUUGGGCGUGCAUUUGCAGGCCACAGGUGAAAACGCAGCUCAGAAGAUGGCCUUGAUCCAGGACUUGCUGGAGGGAGCCGAGCCUGAGGGUGCCAUCUUCAAGCUCGCCUUGCGGCCGCGGGAGUGGGAGCCGAGGCUGCUUCCCAUCCUACGCACCCUGGCUUGGAGCGACGAGGAGCCACUGCCGAAAGAUGCCAAAGAGCUGGUCCCGAGGCAGUCUCCUGAAGUGGAGUCCCAGGCGUACGCAGUCUUAGAGGCUGCCCUCAUGCGGCGAGCGUCGGAGUAUCCCGCCACACUCGCCGCCGACCGAGAGCAGUUGAAAGCCGGAGGCCUCAGUGAGCGGAAUGCUCUGGGGCUGAAGCUUCGUAUUUCGGAGCAGGAACUUAUCGAGCUGAUUCAGACGUAUGCUGUCGGCGAACGAUCCCGGGAGUCCGAGUCUGCUUGA